AUGGAGAGAUUUUUGCACCCAACCCUGUUAAUCCUACUGGUGUUCUUGACCAAGGGAGCUUCUGGACAAGAAGCGCAGGCUGACAAGGACGGGGAGAAGAUUAUUGAUGGUUACCCAUGUCCAAGCCACUCCCAACCCUCACAGGUAGCCCUGCUCAAGGGCGAUCAGCUACACUGUGGGGGGGUGCUGCUCAACCAGUGGUGGGUGCUCACUGCUGCCCACUGCAAGAUGGAUGAAUAUAAUGUGUUCGUAGGCAGUCAAAUGCUGAACAACAAGAGGAUCAAGAAGAUUCGGGCCACAAAGUCAAUCCGACACCCUGGCUACUCCAGUCAGACCCAUGUCAAUGACAUCAUGCUGGUGAAGCUAAGAUCACCCAUCAAGCUGUCUUCUAAUAUGAAAGGCGUCACUCUGCCCUCACAGUGUGCAAGCCCUGGUACCUUAUGUACUGUCUCUGGCUGGGGCACCACCACCAGCCCUGAUGUGUCCUUUCCCUCGAAGCUCAUGUGCGCAGACGUCAGCCUUAUCUCCCAAAAGGACUGCAGCAAGGUUUACAAGGACCUGCUUGGCAAGUCGAUGUUGUGCGCUGGCAUCCCUGAUUCCAAGAAGAACGCAUGCAAUGGUGACUCAGGGGGACCACUGAUGUGCAAAGGGGUCCUGCAAGGCCUGGUGUCCUGGGGAACAUUCCCUUGUGGCCAACCCAACGACCCAGGUGUCUACACCCAAGUCUGCAAGUAUGUCCCGUGGAUACGGCAGACCAUGAAAAAUAAUUGA